ACCGGUUAUUAACAACCGAGAGACGGCGUAUAAAGCAUCCUCGGAUGGAUCUAGGGUUUAACUAACAGAAGAAGAUGGAGGGGGAGUUGGUUGAUGCAGAUAUAGUGGUUCCGAUGCAUCUGAGCUUUAAGAAGACACAGGCCUAUGAAAAGUACCCAAAGGGGCAGUCUCGAGGAAGGUGGAAACAUCUCAAGCAGAUCCUCCAAGCUGACCCUGAUGAUCCCUUUUAUAUCAACAUCGAGUCGCCUCCAUCCACUCAGCCAUGCAAGAGAAUUUGCGAUGUCACUGGAUUCGAGGCGCCAUAUGUAGACCCCAGAACAAACCUCCGCUAUGCAAAUGCUCAUGUUUUCAAGGCUCUAAGGUCACUCUCCACCCACCAAGUCCACCACUAUCUCUCCAUUCGCAAUGCCGCUCCACUUCUCAAGUAGCCAGCCCCCCCAUGUCCUGUUUUUACUUGUAAUAUGUAUUGUGGUAGAUAUUUUUAUGUAUGCAAUUGUUGAUUUCCCUCAAA